AUGAAGUCCUCUCUUGUUCAUCCACCAAAUCCGCCAGCAGCCGGAUACGAACAAACUCGAUCCAUCGGACGGCAGAUGUCUGCCAUCUUCCCUUCGCUGCGCUCCCAAACGGCUUCUCCUAACGCAGAGGCGUCCUUGAGUCUCUUCCUGGAGCUGCCUGUGGAGCUAUGGAGCUUGAUUAUGCUCCAUAUACGGGAUCGAGUUGACCUACGAAGCUUCUGCCUGACCUGCAAAUGGCUCUGUGAUGCAGCUCGUCCGGUCCUGUUCGAAGAUAUAGACAUCACUCUGCCGGUGUCGUUGGAUGGCGGGAUAUGCAUGUUCAGCUCAUUGAUUGCCCGAAUUGAACAGCUACCACUGAAACACUUAAAGUACACCAAGUAUCUCUCCGUCAUCUCCCCGGACUCACGCCCAUCAUGUAGGCAUCAGGCAGGAGCCAAAGACGAUAUGACUCGGCGCGAUGAAUUCACUGAGAGAUCUAUGAAAGCCCUGACUGCCUUAGCUCAGGCUAUUCCGAGCAAUCGCCUCCGUUCCUUCAGGUGGGACUUGGGAACAUGUCUCCCCGCUGAAAUAUUCAGCUGUGAGCAUGGCUUGCUAUCGAACCAACAGAAGAUUGAGAGUAUUUACUUCUCCUUCGGUGCUUCUGAUAUCUGCUACAAGGGAAGUAAUAUAGUUGAUUAUUCUCUGAACAUCUCCUACUUCAGCGAUCUCCGUUCUCUAACAUGGAGAGAACCGCAUCGUCGGACGGAUUUCCAGUUCAUGAAGGCGUUCCUCCAGUCUCCCCAUCAUCUCACUACAUUUGGGUUACACCUGGACUCAUCCGCCCCAAGGAGAAUAAAUGGAAUUGGAGACCGUGAUACCCAUAUUAUCAAUGAUUUGAUGUUAGACGUUCAAAAAGGGGGAGAGAGGCAGCUUUUACGCUACCUUGAAACGCUAUCACUGGGGCGGCUAUAUUUCAGCCUGCUGGAGGUAGACAUUGUAUCCGCAUUGAAUCUUGAUCGUCUACGCUGCUUAAAGCUUCAAGAAUGCGCCGGGACAUCUGCUUUUCUUAAAGCUCUUAGCAAUUCUACACAACAGUUGAGGCUAAGGUCUUUUCAACUCAUGUUAAACAUACGGGACCAGAGUUUAAACGUUGACUUAUCCCAUACUUUGCCUGGUGCUAUUACAAAGUUCCUUAUGGCAUUUCAAAGCCUGGAAGACCUGUACUUUUCGAUUACAGAUACCACCCUUAACAAUAUUGAUUACCGAGCUAUCCGAAACCAUUAUCCGACUCUUCGUCGUCUAGUUCUUCACGGUAGCACCAACGGAAGAUACCCCUGGGAAGAGAAUGCUGAAAUUCCGGACGGCCUCUUUUAUUCCUUACUCAUGGGCUGUCCAGUAAAGUGCAUUUCUCUCAGACUGCGACUCAGGGUGCCAAUUAGCAAAUGGAAGAAGCUGUCUCCAAGACCGUUAUGCAAGUUGUUACAUUUGCGAGGGGAGCCGUUCUCCCAGGUGUUACCACGCUCGAUCGAUGAGUAUACAGAUAAAAGGUAUAACUUAAACGAGGCAUAUCGCAGAGGAAACGUGGCGUGUAUCAUGCAGAAGUUGCGUAAGUUGAAGGACUCUACAACCCAAGCUCUGCUUGACUUUGCCAAAUGGGCAUUCAGCAAUGACGGGCUGCCCGAGCUCCAGGUGCUUGUGUGCGGAGUGUUACAUAAUAAAAAACCUCUCGGGCAAAAUCUGUAUUUCUGCAGAAGUAAAGAUGGAUUUAAGCCAUUGACACAGGCGGAGCCCUAUGCUUGGGGACUUCUCCAGGACAGUAUGGAUAUGUUGAGCGUUCCAUACCUAUAG